AUGGAUCUGAUGACGGUAGUCCGGUUUCCAUCCUCUUCUCGCAUGAAUCUCACACCAACAUCUCAUCUGCCCACACUGCUCCCGGAGCCUGGACGGCCUGUGCUCUCACAGUCUCAACUCCCAACGGCCAGGUCGUCCCAUCUCCAUCGUCCAUCCGCCUAUCAAGCAGUCUUUCACCCCAAUCGCCCAGUCGUCCAGUCGCAGAAACAUGCCUUAACGCCAGCCGAGACGAAAUACUAUUUGCCCAAAGGCCUGCCUGUCUUACCAAUUUUGUCGUCGGCCUGGGCAACAACAGCUAAUGUCACUGUUGCUCGGCCUGUGUAA